CUUGUGCUGCUCAAAAGCUUCCCGCACAUUGCUUGCUGCAGCAGUGUACACAUCCCACCAAUCCCCAACAGUUUGACCAACCCUGAAAAGCUAUUUUAUAAUGCAAAAACAGAUGGUUGCCGUCCUCAACAUUUUCCUCAAAGACAGUCGUGAUUUUGCUUCAUUUCGUGUGAUUUGGGAGGAAGUGAAUGAGUUUUGGCCCGGCGUUCCCCUGAUUUCAACUGUUUUGAGUUAGGGUUUUGUUUCUCUUCGGUUGACUAAUAAAAAAAGUUUACAUUUGAUAUUUUGGUUUUUUGAUUGUCUGGGUUUAUGCAAGUGGUAGAGUAUUUCCAAUUUCUGAAGUUUAGGUAGUGCCAGACAGGAGCGGAGGAGUAUGCUUGCAUCAUAGUGGGAUAAUACUGUCUGUCAACUGCAUUUUUCCUGAUGAGGAUUUUGAAGUUUAUGGGAAUAGUUUGCACAAUUUUUCCCUUAUAGCUGUUAAACCAGUUCGUGGUGAUACUGUCUUAGAAUUCAAUUUCAGUGUGUUUUCUGAGAAGCCAAAAUGUGUUUGGUACCAUUCAUGUUGAUACAUUGUUUUAUAGUUUGGCUGUUGGGCUUGUGACAUAUCCACAUAUAAGAACAUACUUGUUAAACCUGAUAUUGAGACGAGAUGUAUGAAAAAUUCUUCUGACCCUCUCUUCUUUGGUAAGAAGCAUUCACAGGAGUUUAGUUCAAAUCUAUCGCUUCUCUACAUCAGAUGACAAUAUUUGUGGCUGUCCAGUUUUUGAAACCACGGGAAGAUUGAUUGCGUUAAUUGGAUUCAUUGACCUAGAUUUUAGUAAUGCAAUUAGCCUUGCUAAUUUGAGAGAGUUUUGUAUGGAGAAAAGGCAGCUAGGAUUUCCUCAAAACAUCACCAAUUGCUUUUGAGGGAGAUGGAACGGUUGAAGUUAAGACACAAGAAUGGGUUUCGGGGAAGAAAAGAAAAAAAAUGAAAGAUUGGGUGGAAGCAGCAAACAAACAAGAUCAGAAAAGUUUAUCAAUAAAAUAACUAGAUCAGAAAAGCUUUUGAAGCAGAAGCACCAUUUCUUUAAGCAUGCUCACUCGACUAUAGCUUGUACAUUUCCCAAUGGCCUUUCUCCAUUAGUCAAACAUUUUAAGAUGCAGAAGGUGUUUUGCUCAUCCUAAACUAUGUCAUUGGACUUUGUGAACUGCCGUUAAGAUAGGAUGUUUGUCUGCUGCAACUCUGAUUUGUCUUUUAUGUUUUAGACAAAAGAGACUGAUCUCCUAGUUGAGUAUGAGGCUCCUUAUCAGUACAAGGAACCCUAGUCACAGCAAAAGCAUAUAAGAGGAAUCUCUACCUGGAAUUUUAGCCAAGACGAUUUGAAAAGUCAGGCUGUACUGGCAAAUUCACGAUGAUAAUGGUGUGAGUUACGCUGAAGAUCAAGAUCUGAGUUGGGAGCAUUGUGACCAGCACAAUGAAGUUAGAUUGCCUGCAGAGGGUUCCCUGAGAUCUAAUAAUUCCAUUGGUAAACCUAGCCAGGAGGACAAGCUUAUUGAUCUUCAUGAUCUGGGGGCUUUGCUUGCUUCAUUCCGCAUUCAAACUCUUCACACUCUCUAGUAUGGCUAUGUUAUAUAUUUGCAAGAUAUUGUUGUUACUGAACAUUUUAUUGUGUAAGAUAAGUAGGGGGCAGUGAAAAUUUUUUUUCCAUGAAUAAUAGCCUUGAAAUUUCUUGUUAAACUUAAAUUUCAAUAGUAACUAUUAAAGGAGUACGUUGAAUCAAUAAAAAGCAAUACUCUGU